GGGGGGGACGAAGGCCCCCGGGACGGGACGGCGCCGCCCGAGCGCCGGCAGCAUGGUGAGCGGGCGGGGGCCUGCGGGGUGGGGAGCGGCCCGGCCCGCCGCUGGGUGCUGCCCUGCCCGCCGCGGGGCCCGCCCGGCUGAGCCGAUGGCCGCGCCGCCUGGAGCUGCCCUGCAUUCCCCGUCCCGCCCCGCGAUGCCGCCUGGGCUCCUUGAGGGGCGUUUGUGUUUUAGCGUCGCGGCGGUGCUGGGUUCGGUGCCGCCCUUCUCACAGCACCUCUGCCGUGAGCUCAGGUUGAGAUCGCAGCCUCAUCCCUCGAGGUCACUCGGAACCCUUUGGUAUCGUUCAGGAGCUCUUAAAACUCCUUACCGCUGUGUCUAAAACUUCUGAACGCAGCGUUGAUUCUACCCCUUAGAGAGAAAAAACGGAGUUAAAUCCUCGUUCCCUUACAAGCCAGCCGGCCGUCAGACCUGUUUUGCAGUGUCAUCUGUGGGACGGACGCAUACAACUGCCGUGCAACCCUGCUCAGCCGCGGCAGCCAGCAUUGAGCUGGUUCUGAUGGCAGCUUUACUUUGCUGGAGCGAGGAGCUGAAACGCUGAGCUGUAGCGUUGAGUCCCUAGGAGAAGUGGCUGUGGAGCUCUGAGGAAAGCAGCACGCAAUUACUGACUGCAAGAGUUGAUAAUGACCUGUGCAAAUAAGCUGGUCUUGUGUUUAGCAAGCGUUUUCUAAAGCUUUGCAAACAAAUUGGGAUCGAACAGGCUCGGCUGAGUUCUUUUUAGAGGUCACUGUCUGGCUCAGACAUUCGCUGCUUCCACAUUGACCUUUUGGUCGCUUGAUUUGCUACCGCUUUUCUCCUGGGGAAAUCACUUGAGCUGAUCAGCACAGGGUGAGGAUGGCUCACCUUUUAAGCAGGAUAGAGUCGCUCACUGUCAGAUGUGACAGCUGACAGGUUGCAGAAGGAAGGCCGGUGGCAUAAAGAUGAGCAGGAUGGAAUUUUUUAACUCAGCAGUAGCUACAGUACAAUAUUCUGUGAGCUCCAGAAGCUAGAACUGUAGCUUACGUUUUGUCAGAAGGGGUGGAAGGAGCCAAGUUUUACAUGCCUUACAUACAGUCUCAGGUGCUGCCUAUGUGUGGUGAUGCUUGCUUUAGCAGUACCUGAGCAUUUAUUCGUUUGUGUUAGCAAAACCAUAGGGGUUUUGCAGAUGAAAUAAAUAGCAGAGAGGUUGUUAGUAGAGAGACCGGUUAACCAUGCAGCAGCAAUGAGGACUAAUUGCUUUACUGGUAAGUGUGGAGAAAUUGUUUGCUUCUGCUGCCACUGCUACCUGAAGACAAACCUUUUGUAUGAGACUUCAGCUCACAUAUAACCUCAACAUAGAGGAAGUAAUGGUGAAAGUCAAAUUUUGGUUGUAGUGAGCUUUGUAAUGCUCAAAGUUGUUUGGCUUUACUCUAGAACUCUAUAGCAUGUUGUAUUUUUUGUUUGGACUGAGAGCGUGCUGAAGUUUUGAAGAGCAUUUAAUACUAAUUGGCAGCAGUUGGUGUAGACCUACAACAGGGUUUUGACUGCAGUGGAGAAGACGUAGGUUAGCUGGAGUAGAAUUAACAGGAAGGAAAGCAGGGCUCCUGAAAGGUUACUGAAACCAAGUCUGUGAGUGCUAGGUGGACUUCAGCCAGCUUCAAAACCUAAGUAAUUUCAAUUCAUACCACAACUUGGCUUAAAAUUUAUGUGCAGACUUCACAGGUUAAAGCUUUUAGUGGGUGCGCCUUUAUGCACAGGAGGAUAGCGUGUUGAUUUGGUUUAGAAAUAGCUCUACCAGUCUCUGUAUUUUGCAGAUAAAGCCAGCCCUGCUCUGCCCAGGCUGAGAGCUGACUGGGCAUAACUCAGCUGCACGCCAGAAGCCUUAUAUCUGCACUCUGCACAGGCAGAAGUAGGCCUUCCUUGUGUCACCACAGUGCUGCAAUAGUGCCCUUACCAGAAGUUGAUUUCAGAGCUAACUUGUUAUCCAGCUGUCUCUGUCCAGCGUAGAUGUAAUCCCUGUGUGCUGCAGUACUGUUGCAAUAGGACAGCUGUAGCUCCUGCAACACGAGCUGCCUGCAGUCAAAUUCUAAGUUACUACUUGCUCAGUUGUAUCUCUUCUGGUGCUUUGGAACAUUGCUGUUUGCCUGUUUCCUCCUCUAAAAAAUCUUUGGUGUUAGGAUUUGUUUGUUUUUGAUGGUGGCUUUGUCACUGACGCUCACAGCUUGUUUAAUUUUAACGAGGCCCUUGUUAGGUUGAAGGUCUUAUUUAAAGUUUUACUUGUUUAACUUAUCUCAUAGCAGUAUUGUAAAUAAAACCAGCUGUCACGCUCUCAUGCUAGCUUCUUCACUGCUUUUCCAUUAAGGUGACUUCUGUAUAUCAUAGAAUCAUAGGAUGGCCUGGGUUGAAAAGGACCACAAUGACCAUCUAGUUUCAACCCCCCUGCUAUGUGCAGGGUCGCCAACCACCAGACCAGGCUGCCCAGAGCCACAUCCAGCCUGGCCUUGAAUGCCUUCAGGGAUGGGGCAUCCACAGCCUCCUUGAGCAACCUGUUCCAGUGUGUCACCUUCUGAGUGGAAAUUGUAUAUAGUGUAUAUUUUCAUAUGUAAUUUUUUGAGAUUGCCCAUAGUAUUCCAUAAUGUUCACAAAGUAGCUAUUUUUUUUCUCUAAGAAAUAAUAUUUUCAUUCUUUCCUGAAUACUAAAGAAAUCAAAACUACUGGUUACCUUUACAAUGAGAAGAUCGUGAUUAAUCUUUAAUUUCUUACAUGAAUUUCUUACUGCUAUUUAGUACUAAAGCUUUGAUUCUGUGUCUUGAGCCAUGGGUGUUCUUAGCUGGGCAGAAGCUGAAGAAGAUUGUCACUCUGAUUUGGUAAGAACUGAUGACAAUGAAAGAUCUGGUGAAGCAAACCUUCAGGCAGAACUGCAGAUGUUCAGAGCUCAGUGGAUGUUUGAGCUUGCCCCAGGUGUGAGUUCUAGUGGGUUGGAAUCUCUGCCAUGCAGAACAUCAUCAAGAGGACCUGGAGUAAAGUCUGUAGAUACCAGAGGCAAACAGGAGAUAGCAAAAGAGGAAAAGGCGAAAGAACUUUUCCUGAAAGCAGUGGAAGAAGAGCAAAAUGGGGCCCUUUAUGAAGCCAUCAAGUUUUAUCGCCUAGCCAUGCAGCUUGUCCCUGACAUUGAGUUUAAGAUCGCCUAUACACGGUCCCCAGAUGGUGAUGGAGUUGGAAAGCGGUGCAUUGAGGACAAUGAAGAGGAUGGCAAAAUGGCUGAUCUCCUGUCAGAUUUCCAGCAACAGUUAACUUUUCAGGAAUCUUCUGUCAAACUUUGUCAGCCUGAGCUUGAUGUCAACCAGACCCAUAUCUCAGCAUUGCCUCUGGAGGUAUUAAUGUACAUUUUCCGAUGGGUGGUUUCGAGUGACUUGGACCUGAGAUCAUUAGAGCAAUUAUCUCUUGUUUGUCGAGGAUUUUACAUUUGUGCCAGAGAUCCUGAAAUCUGGCAUCAAGUCUGUUUGAAAGUAUGGGGCAGGAGCUGCAAUAAACUUGUUCCAUAUUCUUCCUGGAGGGAAAUGUUUUUGGAAAGGCCUCGUGUUCGAUUUGAUGGUGUAUAUAUCAGCAAGACAACGUACAUACGCCAAGGAGAACAAUCUCUUGAUGGUUUCUAUAGAGCGUGGCACCAAGUGGAAUAUUACAGGUAUUUGAGGUUCUUUCCAGAUGGUCAAGUUAUGAUGCUUACAACACCUGAAGAUCCACAAUCUAUCGUUCCACGCUUACGGACUAAAAAUACAAGAAUGGAUGCAAUCUUGCUUGGUCAUUAUCGCCUUUCCCAGGAAACGGACAAUCAAACCAAAGUAUUUGCUGUAAUAAUGAAGAAAAAAGAAGAGAAACCAGUUGACUACCACAAGUAUAGGUAUUUCCGUCGUGUUCCAGUGCAAGAGACAGAACAUAGUUUUCAUGUAGGACUUCAGUUGUGCUCCAGUGGGCGCCAGACUUUCAACAAACUUGUUUGGAUACAUCAUUCUUGUCACAUAACUUACAAAUCGACUGGUGAGACAGCAGUUACUACUUUCGACAUUGACAAAAUGUACACCCCGUUGUUCUUUGCACGAGUGAAGAGUUAUACUGCGUUUUCAGAAAAGCCGCUCUGAGAAACACCUUUUCCUCUCACAAAUCAUGCAUGAAUAAAAGGUUGUAGCCAACGAGCACUUAAGUUAUAAAUGUGUAUAUAUUUGGAGCAUUUUAAAGUUCCAGGGUUGGUUUUUUUUGAAGGCGGUAUCGUUCUCUUUGGUUAUGACUGGCUGGGGUUUUGUUCUGAGAUAAAGCUUCUAAGUGUUAAACACCUUUACUUUGUGACAAGAAUUUGGUAACAAAGUUUUUAUUUUUUUUAAACAGAUUUUAUAAAUCAGUCUGCUUAAAAUGCAAGUCUUCAUCUCCCUGGACAUUGGUCUGUCCAAAAGGAAUCGCCAUAGGAAAUUCUCACUGUCCAUGGGACAGUGUUUGUGGUCUUGGGUGAAGACUUGAAAUGUAAAUGGGAGAAAGUUGUGUUACGUUUGUUAAACUGUGUGACUUAAAAUAACUUCAAAUAAACAUUCUCUUUAAAUUAAAUUUAUUUUGUUUGCCUUCAAGAUCUGGCUUUAUGUCAACAUCAACCUUAAGAAGAAAAACAAUCAAGGGCAGGGAGUCAUGAAGUAUAACAUUUAAAUGCAGAGGUGCAUCUCCACCAAUGCAGUGAUGCCAGUUGAUCAUAAAAGUAAUUUGAUCUUGAUACGAGUUGGCGGAGCCUGCCUUCUCAACAACAUGGACAUAAAAAGGAGAGGGAUGUGGGCAGUGAGUAGUAGAGUUGGUAGGAUAUGUGGCUCUGCUUGGGGAUUGUCACAGAGCACUGGUAAAAUGCUUGUGUGUGCUGCUUGUGCAGUGGCAAGGUCUGAUUGCACAGGCAGGCAGAGCUCACUUGAACGUGUUUCUAAUGUGUUAUAAUCCUUCAUCUAACCUUGCUACAGAUGCUGUAAAUCCUUUGAGCAUUUGUUGUACUAAGAUAAAUUUUGAGGCUGCUGUAGAUGUUCAGGUGCUGUGUACUGCUAAUCAUGAAGUGUACCUUGAGAUUUGGUGCAGGUACUGUAUGCUGCUUCUCCUGCAUAUAUUGCUUGGGGGUGUAGUGCAGACACUGUUAUACUGCUUAUUAUCAUAUGUGUCUUGGAUUCUGAAAGAAUUGAAGCUUUUUAGUGUAGUUUUUUUAAGCCAUUUUGCAUAAUUUACCUUUGAACAUCUCAUUUCAAAGUACUAACCUGGACUCGAGGACUAAAGUGUGAAAGAGCUGUGGGAAGAGCUAUACUUGUUCCAUAAUUUAUAAAGUGUAUCUUUGCAAGGAGUUACACAAUUAAAAUACAUCAAUAAAACAUGAUUUUGAACACACA